GCGUGUAUCCUGCUGCCACGUCUGAAUUGCCGUCGUCGACAGGUAGUGGCCAGAAUGACAUCCUCUGCGCCAAUCGGAAGGCCUCGUUUAAGGCGCGCCCUGGCUUCUGUCCAAUAGAAGUUUAGAAGGCGGGUCUAGUGUACUAUAGUCAUUCCGAAGAGGAACUAGAUUUUUAGUUGGAGACUGGAACGUAGUCAUGUGUGGAAUCUUCGCCUACCUGAAUUAUCACGUGCCGCGGACGCGCCGUGAGAUCUUGGAGAUCCUCAUCAAGGGCCUUCAGCGCCUGGAAUACCGAGGAUAUGAUUCUGCAGGUGUCGGCAUCGAUGGGGGGAACAGCAAAGAAUGGGAGACCAAUUGCAAGGCUAUCCACCUGAUAAAGCAGCGUGGGAAAGUGAAAGCCCUGGACGAGGAGAUCCACAAGCAGCAGGACCUCGACCUGGAUGUGGAGUUUGAUGUCCACCUGGGCAUCGCCCACACACGCUGGGCCACCCAUGGCGCCCCCAGCCCCGUUAACAGCCAUCCCCAGAGAUCCGACAAGGGAAACGAGUUCAUUGUGAUUCACAAUGGAAUCAUCACCAAUUAUAAAGACCUGAGGAAGUUCUUGGAGAGCAAAGGCUACGACUUCGAGUCGGAGACGGACACCGAGACCAUCGCCAAGCUUGUGAAGUACAUGUACGACAACCGCGAGAGCGGCGACAUCAGCUUUGCCACCUUGGUGGAGAGGGUGACUCAGCAGCUGGAAGGAGCCUUUGCCCUGGUGUUCAAGAGUGUCCAUUACCCUGGUGAGGCAGUUGGGACCAGGAGAGGGGGGCCCUUGCUCAUUGGCGUGCGUAGCGAUCACAAGCUGUCCACAGACCACAUCCCCAUCCUCUACUGCUCCUCUGGUAAGGAUAAGAAGAGCUGCUCCACCUUGCCCAGAAUGGACCAGGACACCUGCCUCUUCCCCGUUGACGAGAAGGCUGUGGAGUACUACUUUGCUUCUGACGCCAGCGCCGUGAUUGAGCACACCAACCGCGUCAUCUUCCUGGAGGACGACGACGUGGCCGCGGUGUCGGACGGACGCCUGUCCAUUCACCGCAUGAAGCGCACGGCCGGGGACCACCCUGCGCGUGCCAUCCAGACGCUGCAGAUGGAGCUGCAGCAGAUCAUGAAGGGAAACUACAGUUCCUAUAUGCAGAAGGAGAUCUUCGAACAGCCGGAGUCCGUCAUCAACACCAUGAGGGGGAGGGUCAACUUCGACGACAACAGCGUGACCCUGGGCGGCCUGAAGGACCACAUCAAGGAGAUCCAGCGGUGCAGACGGCUGAUCGUCAUCGCCUGCGGGACGAGCUAUCACGCGGGCGUAGCGACCCGACAGGUGCUGGAGGAGCUGACGGAGCUGCCCGUCAUGGUGGAGCUGGCCAGCGACUUCCUGGAUAGGAACACGCCCGUCUUCCGUGACGAUGUGUGCUUUUUCAUUAGCCAAUCAGGUGAGACUGCAGACAGUCUCCUGGCUCUGCACUAUUGCAAAGAGAGGGGGGCACUCACCGUGGGCAUCACCAACACCGUGGGCAGCUCCAUCUCCCGGGAGACCGACUGCGGGGUGCACAUCAACGCCGGGCCUGAGAUCGGCGUGGCCAGCACCAAGGCAUACACCAGCCAGUUUGUGGCCCUGAUCAUGUUCGCGCUGCUGAUGUGUGCUGACCGGAUCUCCAUGCAGCCACGGCGCCGUGAGAUCAUCCAGGGACUUCGCAUGCUGCCCGAACUGAUUAAGGAGGUGCUGAGCCUGGAUGAUGAGAUCCAGCGGUUGGCCACAGAGCUCUACCAGCAGAAGAGCGUGCUGAUCAUGGGCCGCGGCUACCACUAUGCCACCUGCCUGGAGGGGGCGCUGAAAAUCAAGGAGAUCACGUAUAUGCACUCGGAGGGCAUCCUGGCCGGGGAGCUGAAGCACGGUCCCCUGGCGCUUGUGGACAAACUGAUGCCGGUCAUCAUGAUCAUCAUGAGAGACCACACCUACUCCAAGUGCCAGAACGCCUUCCAGCAGGUGGUGGCCCGCCAGGGCCGGCCCAUUGUCAUCUGUGACAAGGACGACUAUGAGACCAUCAGCAACUCCAGCCGCACCAUCAAGGUGCCUCACUGCGUGGACUGUCUGCAGGGCAUCCUCAGUGUCAUCCCACUGCAGCUGCUCUCCUUCCACCUCGCCGUGCUCAGGGGUUACGACGUGAGUCUGCUCCCCCCCCCUCGCACACACCCCCCCUCGCACACAUCCCCCAUUCCCCCACUUAAAUUAAACAGGCUGUGAGUUUGCUUCCCUUUC